CAGUGACAGCUCAGACAAUAUGAGAAACGCACAGAAGGAGUAAAUCCCCAAGAGUUCUCACACACACUGCCGCUGGAGAUGGCUCGUUGAAAACGGACCCUCUGUGGACGCACUCAUUUCUCUGUGUGGAGACUAAAAAAAGCCGCUCAGCAAACAUGAACAAACUGGCCAAAGCUCUGUAUGACAACACUGCAGAGUGUGCAGAUGAACUGGCCUUCAGAAAAGGUGACAUAGUCGUGGUGGUGGAUCAACACGUUGCCGGCACCAGUGGAUGGUGGAUGUGCUCUCUGUAUGGACGUCAUGGUCUGGCCCCUGCAAACAGACUGCAGCUCCUACCACAGACUGAAACCAGCACAGGCCCCUCACGCCAUGUCACAGAAAAACCCAAAUCAAGUGAUGCUAAAACUGAUGUCAGCGUGCAAAAUAUCUACCAGAUCCCGGUUGUCCCUCGACCCUCCAGCAGCCCAUCUUAUGUACACAUGGACAUGAUAUACAAGGUCCCAUCCACUCCUUCAUCGUCUUCGAAUCUGUCAGCACUUAAGCACAGCUCAGAGGGACCCAAGGGAGACAAGCAUUCUGGCUUCAAGACUGUGUCCAGUCCAAGAGGGGAGGUUUACGAUGUCCCGAACCAAGCAAGACGAGCUUCUACCAUCACUGCAUCAACAACACCAAGACAUAUGUCUCGAAAACACUCACUGAUUCCGACUCCAGAGCUGGGACAGAGAUUUGACUCUUCCGAGAAUUUCAGGUGUAACAGUCCAGGAGACGCUUAUGUGUAUGCAGUUCCACCACCACCACCUCAAGACCCCAACUAUGACAUCCCUGUUCCCUCAACCACAGAAGAGCAACAGAAAAUGAUUGGAUUCAACACCCUUCCAAAGCUCUGCAAGCCUGAGUGGAUCUAUGAUGUACCAGUUGGUCCUGAGAAACCAAGCCAACCCCAAAGCUCCUAUGACACCAUGCCCUGCAAAGGUGUUAGUAGGCAGCUCUAUGACACUCUUCCAGCACCUGCUUGGCCCACGCAAAGAGGCAGUCCAACUCCCUCAGUUUACGAUAUACCAAGACCCAGUUCUCUUGAUAUCUCGACUUCACCCAAAGUUGUGCCAGUCCUUCCAAUUUAUGACAAGCCCCCAACUCAGACACUUACAGAGGAGUCAUUAUAUGCUGUACCACCCAAAGAGGAACGCUUCAACCAAGUUCUAAGUGACCCCCCCUUUGAUCAUAUACCCCUAGAGUGCAGAGGUGACUCAAGCAAUGCUCAUGAACUCAUUAAGGUACGCCUGCAGCGUAUGAGGAACUUUCUGGCUUGUACAUCUUUCCACGCCCUUCCAGGAAGUGGGGAGUCACUGGUGCAGGAUGACAGUGAAAAAGGUCGAAUCUUACAUCUCUCAGCAGCAGACAGUCAAAGAAUCAGCACAGCCUCCAGCUCUUCCACCAGCUCCUGUGACUCUCUGGCUCUGAGCUCUUCCUCUCCAGAACCCUUGCGAGAGGUCACACUCAGCCAGGACGAAGCCUGCCGCAGAGUUCUUGACCUGCAGGAGUCCAUUAUCAGGGCCGUGCCCCAGCUUAUGGACUUUGUCAGCAGUCACUGGAGGAGCAAAGAACAUCUUCAGAAACAUCUGAAGGAGAUCAAAGAAGCCGCAGAGGGGAUUGCCAGUUCUCUGACCUGCUUCCUGAACUUUGCCCUGGACGUUAAGGGUAAUGCCCGUCGUUUGACUGAUACCAACCUUCAGACAAGGCUUUAUAAACAGCUGUCCAUCAUAGAGGACUCAGGUGUGAUCUUACAACAAACAGUGAGUGCUCUGAACAUGGCUGGCUGGCCCCUCAACACACUGUGCCAGGACCCGGGUCAGGUCCAAACACCAGACCAAUUGGAUCGCUUUGUCAUGGUGGCACGUACGAUUCCAGAGGAUGUCAAGCGCCUGGUGUCCAUCAUCAUUGCCAAUGGCAAGCUUCUGUUCAGAGCUUCCCAGAAAGAUUCAGAGCCUCUCAACACCACAGGUCAACCAGAGACAAAGAAAAGUCCUAACAGAGAUGAACAGGGAGUAGACGUAUUGGAGGAUGACAAUGACUAUGUGGAGCUACAGACUAAGAAUGAAUAUGAAAAGCUGCAAAAUAAAAUCCAGAGAGAUCCUAAAGAAAAUGUCACACCAGUCUCUAACAGGAUAAAGGCUGACAACAAGCGUAAUUCCUCUGAGUCCAGCGCUGGCACAGAAGAACAUCAAUCACCCUCCCUGUCAGAGCACUGUCGGCUUUACUUUGGCGCACUCCAUAAGGCCAUCAAUGGAUUUGUUGGUAGCCUUCAGGAUGGCCAGCCCCCAGAGAAAUUCAUCUCACAUAGCAAACUGGUGAUCAUGGUGGGCCAGAGACUGGUGGACACUCUGUGUAGGGAGGCUCAACGUGGAGGGUCCAGCCAGAGCCUCCUGUGUAAGAGCAACCACCUGUGUGCUCUCCUGAAGCAGCUGGCUGUGGCCACAAAGAAGGCGGCGCUGCACUUCCCAGAAAAGCAAGCUCUGCAAGAGGCUCAAGAGUUUGCAAAGGAACUGGCCCAAAGAGCGCAGCACUUUCGGAUAUCGCUUGACCUCUGAGAGCGCACAUAUCAAGGAUACCUGGAUAUACCAUGACCUGGAUGACUAAGAAUCUCCACAGACACAUAUGAAGCUUAUUGAUUCCUACAGUAAAACACAUUGGUUUAUUCAUCUGUUAUCUAGCUAUCUAUUUUUUUUCUCAUUCAUUUUAUAUUCAACUGUUAUGAUGCUUCACUCGCCAAAGGUUCAUUGCUUUUUGCCAAAUGUUGUUAUCAUGAUGGAUGCUGGUGCAGGUUAAAAAUGUUAAUGAUGUUAUAAAAAGUGUCUGGUACAAACUGAAGAAUUCAAAUAUGGAGCUGUAUAUACUAAAAUAAAAGAAUAUUGUAUUCAAGCCUAUUUUAAAAUGCAAUUUAAAUAUGAAUAGAAUUUGUUUUGUAUAAUUUAGAAAAAUGUUAUAUUAUUUGAACGUUGUUUGUUAUAUUGAUACUUUAGUACUACCUUUAAUUACUUUUUAGCGCAACAGGCAUAGUCUCCAGGGUAGCAGUUUGAUAGAGUCUAUGUUUUGUGAAUAUCUUUGUAAAUAUUCUAAAAGAUAUGUUAUGCAUUCCCAAACUUUUCAUGGACAAAAGACAGAGAACAGCACUGUUGGAUUUUAUUGAUAAUAAAAUUAAAAACUGAAA